AUUGGGCUGGGCUCUCUCUAGAAGGUGUAUUGCUACCUGCGCUGCUGAGAAAGCACUCACAGGUGUUGGCUGGAAAAGCACUCCUAGGGCUUGCCACUGGCUUGGGCUUCUAGGGACUUUUCUCUCAGCCAGGAAGGAUUUUGAUACUAACCAGAAAUACCUCGGGAAGAUUGGAAAAGCUGUAGAGUGAAGUAAGCCUGUGAAGAACCAGCAUGGGAAUCCUAUACUCUGAGCCUAUCUGCCAGGCGGCCUAUCAGAAUGACUUUGGGCAGGUGUGGCGGUGGGUGAAAGAAGACAACAGCCACGUCAAUGUUCAAGACAGCUUUAAUGGAGACACUCCCCUGAUCUGCGCUUGCAGGCGCGGCCACAUGAGAAUCAUUUCCUUCCUUUUAAAAAGAAAUGCUAAUGUCAACCUCAAAAACCAGAAAGAGAGAACCUGCUUGCAUUAUGCUGUGAAGAAAAAAUUUACCUUCAUAGACUAUCUACUCAUCAUCCUCCUAAUGCCUGUCCUGCUUAUUGGGUAUUUCCUCAUGGUAUCAAAGACAAAGCAGAAUGAGGUUCUUGUACGAAUGCUACUUGAUGCUGGUGUCGAAGUUAAUGCUGCAGACUGUUAUGGCUGCACCGCGUUGCACUACGCCUGCGAAAUGAAGAACCAGACUCUUAUCCCUCUGCUCCUGGAAGCCCACGCAGACCCCAUGAUUAAGAAUAAGCAUGGUGAGAGUUCACUGGAUAUUGCACGGAGAUUAAAAUUUUCCCAGAUUGAAUUAAUGCUAAGGAAAGCGUCAUAAUCCUUGUGACCUCACAAGUGGACACACAGACAAAGUUAAAGGACGGAAUUCUAGCUCCAUCUCAGAGUGUUGGUCUGUGGGCCCCUCAACCUGGAUGCCACUAUUUUAUGAGGAUAGUAAUGGUUGCUGUGGGUAAUGUUUUUGAAGAGCUUUUUAUUUACAAUAUUUUUUGCUUAAUUGAGUUCACCAUGGCCAUAAUCCUUCUAAGUUAAACACUAAGGUUGUUGGAGUCUCCACUUUAGUCAAAAACUGAUAUUUCAGCCAAGUGCAGUGGCUCACACCUAAAGUCCCAGCUACUUGGUAGGCUGAGGUGGAAGGAUCACCUCAGACCAGGAAUUCAAGACCAGUCUGAGCAAUGUAGCAAGACCCCGUC